AUGACUACAUGUUUCAUCAACCAAUUAAAUGAAGAUGGCUUAAACAUCGAUAAAUUGGUAGGCAUUGGAGUUGAUGGAGCAAACAGUAUGAUAGGACCACAUAAUUCUCUUAGCUCUAGGGUGCUUGCAUUAGUUCCACAUUUAAUAGUUGUGCAAUGUCUUUGUCACUCGUUACACUUGGCAGCCGAAAAUGCAUGUAGUAGUUUACCUAGGCAUAUAGAUUACCUAAUAGAAACUAGUCAUUCGUGGUUCAGCACUAGUGCAAAGAAAACAAACGAAUUUGCUGAUCUUUUUAAGACAAUAAACCAGCCCGAAGAGUUACAAAAAAGGAUCCCCAAAAAUAUGCAGAUUUUAGAAAAAAUCAGUGCAUUUAGUCCACAAAAUGCCAAAAAUGAAACAAAAAUAGAUGAUAUUACUGCAAUUGUAGUCGCGUUUGAACGCAUUUUAAGUGAUAUCGAUACAACGCUUAACGAAUGGUCUUUAAUACAUCGUGCAGAAAUUAAUGCGGAUACAUCAGACGAGUUUUGGAGAGCUAUCGAUUUAAUCGUAGAUUCUGCUGGACAAAAAAGGUUUAGCAAUAUAUCCAAGCUAGCCUUAGCACUUCUUACCGUUCCAUUCUCUAAUGCAUCUGUUGAGAGAGCAUUUUCUAUUGUCAACAUAGUUAAAGAUAAACUGAGGAAUAAACUGGAAGUGAAAACAAUAGAUGCUAUUUUAAGGGUUCGUUUUCUAAUGGAAAAUAAAUGCGAUAAUUUUGAGCCCACUCCUUUGAUGCUGAAGAAAUUUGUAAGCGAGGUUGUUUAUACUGGUGAUAUUAGUGACGAGGCAUUAAACAUAAUGGAACAUUGUGAUAAAAUACUGAAUUCAAAUAUGGAGGAAUUGUAA